AUGGAGAAACCUGGUGCUGUGGAUCACUUGGAACCAAGUGUCUCUCACCAUGAUCCCAAGGGUGGCGCCAUCGCCGCUACCAACCGGCAAGAACUCGACUUAACUGUCAAAGAAGUCUUCAAGAACCACAAAGCCAUCGUUUGGUGGUGCUUCUACUGGGCUAUGGCAGCGAUUGGAUGGGGUUUUGAUGCCCAAAUCAACGGAGCCAUGAUCUCGGUCGAGUCCUUUCGCCGAGACUUCGGAUACGUCCUCGACGGCGAAGCGAUCCUACCGGCCGACUGGCAGUCCGCGUUUAACAUUAUCUCCACCGUCGGCCAAUUCUUCGGAGGCUUUCUUUGCAGUUACCUGGCCGACAGAAUCGGACGCAAGAACUCGCUUCUCAUUGGUAUCGUCGUUUGCAGCGGUGGCUGCGUUGGAGAGAUCCUGUCGCACACCCGAGGUGCUUUCCUCGCGUCCAAACUCAUCUUUGGUGCAGGCUUGGGCUUCUACCUCACGCUUGCUCCUCUCGCUUGCAGUGAGCUUGCGCCGGUCGCUCUACGAGGUUUUGCUACGGCAGGUGUCAACUUGGGAAUUGCUCUGGGUCAACUCCUUUCCAACGCCGUCGUUAAGGCUUUCGGAGAGCGCUCAGACCGAUGGGCCUACCGUGGCCCUUUCGCCACGCAGCUCUUCUUCGCUCUCUUCCUCAUCACAUUUCUCCCCUUUGCCCCUGAGACACCAUGGUAUCUAGCACGAAAGAAUAAGCUCGAGGAAGCGAAGAAGUCCCUGCUGAAGCUGUACGGCAACGACUACGAUGUCGACUACAGACUUGCCGGGAUUGUGGCGACUAUUGAAGAAGAGGCGUCGAAUCGGACUUCCGAGGUUGGGUUUAUCGAUUGCUUCAAAGGGACAAACCGCCUUCGGACAGGCAUCUCUACCGGUGUCUUCCUUUGCCAGCACCUGGUUGGAAUCGUCUUCGUUCUCGGCUACUCCACAUACUUCUUCCAGCUCGCUGGCCUCGAUGUAUCAAAAUCAUUCGACCUUGGCGUAGGCGUUACGGCCUGCGGUGUGCUGGGAAACAUGGUCAGCUGGUUCGUCGUUGAGUCAUACGGUCGUCGUAAAAUCUUCAUCUCGGGCAUGGCUUGCCUGACCGGACUACUGCUUCUCAUUGGUAUCAUGGAUGUUGUACCAAGCGAUGGCGCAAAGUGGGUACAGGCAUCGGCCACGGUCAUCUAUGCCUUCGUGUACUUCCUGACUGUCGGGGCCAUGGCAUUCGCCGUUUUGGGUGAGGCAUCCAGCACGGCUCUGCGAGCAAAGACUAUGGCUCUUGCGACCGCAACUCAGGCCGUCUGCGGCCUGGCAAUGAACUUUGCUAUACCAUAUAUGGUCAACCCAGACCAAGGCAAUCUGAAGGGAAAGGUUGGUUUCAUCUUCGGCGGACUUUCGCUCAUCGGGACUCUUGGUAGCUUCUUCUACGUUCCUGAGCUGAAGGGCAAGACAUUCGACGAGAUUGAUCGACUGUUUGCGGCUAAAGUACCGCCAAGGAAGAUGGGGAGCAUGUAG